AUGUCAGAGAACUUCUACGGGUCCACAGGACCAGCAUACUAUGUCUCGCGAGUCAUUAAUUGUGAUUUGCUAAAGCCAGAGGUCAAGACUAUGCGGACUGGAAAGUACACCAUUCGUUCGCUGACGUGCAAGCAGUGCGGAGUGGAUAUGGGCUGGAAAUACAUCCAUAGCGAUAACUUCAAGGAGAAGUACAAAGAAGGUAACUAUGUAAUCGAGCUUGGAUUUUUGGAGCAAGCUGAGGGCUGA